GUUGAUUGGUGCCUGGCAACGUGAUAUGCCGGUUGUAUAAAUUCUGUACAUUGUCACAAAAUCAGCUAAAAUGGACAUAGACAAGACGAUUGUCAUUCAGAAGCAGGUGCGAGAGAAUGCCGAGACUCUUCACAAUGAAUUUUUGGAUUUAACAAAUUGGGAGCAGCAGAUGAAAAAAGUUGACAUGGAACUCAAGGACGUUGGCCCUGAUUCGAGUCAGCAGGCAUUACCCCCAAUAAGAAGAAAAAAGACAUCAAGGUCCAAGUCCAAGAACAAAGACACCAGCAGCAAAUCGAAGCGUAUAAAAUCGUAUGAUUACUUAGCGUGGGAGAAUUUUGACGUGGACAAAGCGUGCGAAGAAAUCGAUAAGGAAAAUGAGUCUGAGGACUCGGGGGAGGAGACGUUGAGUAAAGAGGAGCUUGAGAAAAAUCAUGAGGAGGCGAAUAAGCACAAAGUCAUGGGGAAUGCCUAUGUGAAGCAGCAGAAGUGGGAUAAAGCGAUGGCCUGCUAUGGCGAAGCGAUUAAAGUCUUCCCAUACGACGCAGUUUUCUGGGCUAACCGAGCCCUUUGUCAUCUAAAAAUGGAUAAUUUAUUUUCAGCAGAGUCAGAUUGCACAUCAGCUAUCCAACGAGAUGAGCAUUACGUCAAAGCUUAUCAUCGACGAGCAACAGCCAGAAUAGCUCUGAAACAGUACGCAGAAGCUAUUCAGGACAUAAAGUCCCUUUUGAGUCUCGAGGCUGACAACAAAGAAGCUAAGAGAAUGCUUGCCAUUGCUCAAAAGGCACUCGACAAUUCCGAGCCAGUACUUUUAAAGAGCACCAAAACGAAAGAUUCAAAGGCUCAGCCUGAGAAACCAACGAUUACUCUCAAGAUUGUUGAUGUACAUAAGACAAAAAAGAGUGCUGAGAAAUUUCUGAAUGACAACUAUUUGAUAACUGAAGCGGACAAUGAGGAAAAUGGUAAUAAGGUUGACAGAGAGACUCCCAAGCAUAGAGAUUGGCUGCCGAAUGUUGGGGAUGAUGUUGAGGAGAUUGAGACAAUCGAUAAAUUGCCACAUCAAAGAUCGAAGAAACCUGUGAGACCAAUUCAUAUAGUAAUCACUGAAGUGCCUAAGCCAUCCAUGGACUCCCACGAAUGUGAAUCAGAGGCUAAAUCUCCUGCGAAAAGUCCCAAAGAGCCACCAAAAGGGUUUUCAAUACAAGAAAUGAAUCUACCCCCAAUUCCUAGGACAGCAGUUCAAUUUGUACUGAAUUGGAAAGCAAAUAAGUCACCUGAAUUCCGCUAUCACUACUUAAAGCAAAUUCCCGUAGAAUCAAUUCCAAAACUUUUUCAAGAUUCUAUGGAGUUUGACAUCUUCAGUGAGAUUCUGAAGGUCCUCUUGACGCACUUUGUUCCUAACAAGGAUUCAGUCUUUCCUUACCUCAAUCAUCUGUCCGAGAUUAAGAGGUUCAGGACGUUGACGAUGUUCAUGUCGAAAAAAGAGAAAGAAGACUUGGAAGAACUGCUCAUCUACUGUAGAAAAACAGAGGACGACUUAGAGGCUGAAAUUGAUGCUCUGUAUUCCAAAUACGAAUUAUGGGUAUGAAGAUACCAGGGGAGAUCUAACAGACCGUUCUACUAGCGUUAAAAGCAAGUAAAAACUCCAAACUUUAUGCAGAUUAUUUUUAAAGAGUUUAAGAGAGUUUAAGAAAUAACUAUCAUUCAAUCAAUCAUUGCUAACGAUUUUAUAAAUUGAAACUCAUUGGUGCAGUUCUGACAUAAUUUGCCUUCCGGCAAUUAAAUUGAAAUUGAAUUAA